CGUGCAGUGCUACGUUCACCGGCAUUUUCCAAGUGCCUGUCCACUGGAACUCAUUGGCGAUCCGUGUAGGUUGUUAUUCGUGUACCAAGCUGUAUGCAUGGUUGUGUACCUACGAUGAACUCAUAGGUAGCUUUUGACGACAGCCACAACAGCCACUGGCGCUGAUUACAGUAUUACUCAAUUGCCCCAUUUUGUACAGCCAAUACUUCACUGGAACGAGUCUAUAUGCCAUAGGAUGGAGCCCGUGGCCGACAUGAAAGACUACACUACUACAUCAACGGUACUCUCUUCGGUACAAGACUUACUGUCCCAGCACGUCCUCACGGCGAGCCGGUCAACGCAUCCUUUCGCUUCAGCUCCUGGAGAGACAGCCUCUCUUCUCAAUAGCAUCAUCGAAGAGACGGACCGUAUGUCGCAGGCGCUCGGGGCGAGCCUCUCAAUGCCACCUGCUAACCCAAAGCUGCUCUCACUUUACCGACAACAUGCCUCGAUGUCGAGCGCGCUCCAUCUGUCAGAACUUAAUGUCCGGACAACGCUGGACGCCCUACGCAAACGAGCAGGGAUAACCUACGGCGAGGACGUUCCGCUCGACCGCGCCUCCAUCGUCGACUGGUGCGUGUCCCGCCUCGAAGCCUGGGGCACGUCCGCCGGGAUGGAGACGUUCAGGGAAGAAGAGCGCGAGGGCCGCGUGACCGUCGUGCUCGGCGGAAAAGUGCUCGUAAUCGACAUCGACCUCGCCGUCGACCGCGCGGACCCCGAAAGGCCCGCGGUCUCGGUCGCGAACGUGAAGACGUCGUAUGCGAUCCCGAAUGUCGCGACGAGCUCGACGACGCAGGGAUCCGCGUCGCUGGACGGCUUCCUCGCGGAUCGCGUGCGCGCCUUCCUGAAGGAGGUGCAGAGGGAACCGCAGGAGCAGGAUAGCGUGGAGGCUGCGCGGCUUGGUGCGCUUUUCUUGGAGAGCCUGAAGUAUCUGAUGAUGUUGGACCAGCUCGCCCUUGAUGAAGGGGAUGGCGGCCUGAGAUGGUUUGGUGAAAUCGACGCGCUUGCCCUGGACACGGAAAACUUCGCAAUCAGCGAAGCGCAAGGAGUCACUCCGAAUCAGAUGGGGAGUGUCGCCCCUUUGGACAUCUUCCUCAUGCGUGCGCAUACACUCCCGCUCCCAUACCUCACGUCACCUUCUGUGUCUUUCCUCGUCUACAUCGCACCCCUCACGUAUCUCACCCUCCUGCGGUCAUCAUCGUCGGCAGGGCCCGGGAGACAACAGGCAAGCUCACCACCCCUCCCCAAAAUAGACGUUCCUUUCGACAUCCUCCGCCCCGCACUCACAUCACACCCACGACCCAAGGGCGUGACAAUCGUCUCGCUUGUCCUCUCCACAGCAGGUACAAUUCAUGGGUCCGACGCCGACGCCAUGAACAUCGCCGACUUUAGUGCGCGGCCUACCUUCCCUCUCUCCUCCAUCGGCGCGACGGUCGACCGUGCCCUGCCGCAGGUCACUCAGGUACCCGGCACACGGCUCGCCGCGGACCCUGCGCCACCCGCGCAUGUAUGGGUGCUCGACUUCACUGAGGGCGGAAAGCACCCUGGGAUCGUGAUGAGCCAGUCGCGGAUGCGCGAAAUCGAGCUCCUGAUGAACCCGCUGAGCGGCAUGGAUCAACUGCACAGCGUGCACCAGAUGGCGUUCGGUAUGGGGAGCUGGUUGGACUUUCUGCUUAGUCCCGAGAACCCUAUAUCCCCAGAACGCUAUACGACGUUGCAUGUGUCCCCGACGGCUGCGCAUCCUCCACUUCAGUUGCGCCUCACUGCGCCAGAAGAGCCUGGGUUCAUUCUCGAGCGAGUGCCAGUCAAGAAUUUGAAAGAAAUCUGGGGAGUCCUGGAGAUCGUCAAGGAGCAGUGCUGGCUCAAUGAGACCCUGUCCGCCUACCAGUGGACACCGGAAGGCCUAGAGACCGGGCCUAUGUCCAGCGACAUACAGGACGACGAAGCCAACGAGGCGGACCUCCAGGCUGUUCUGACAGGGAUGCUCACACCACGCAGAAUACCCGUCAACGUAUACAUCACCACCUCCGUUCCGGUAUCUCUCUUCGACCCGUCGGAUCUCAGCUCCAUGCCACUCCCACAAUCAGCCGGUCACGCAAGGAUCCUCAUGUCGUCACCCGAGCGGCCGCCCAUGCCAGGCCAGGUCGAGAUCGCGGUCACCUUCGAUCCAAGCAGGCAUCGCGGGGUGGCACUGGAUAUCAACGGUGCGAUGGGCGCGGAGCUCAACCCAGACGUCCUUGAGGAAGUGUGCAGACGAGGUGGGAUACUCAGCCUGCCCGGGAGGAUAUGGGCGAGGUCGCCAUCGGCAGCUUGACGGUGGAAACGCUGCGAUAGACAUCUACGACACCAAGAUUCGUCCAUGUACACUCUAAUGCUUACAUGUAUUUGUGUCGUACACACCCCGCGAAGGAGGCUGCAUACA